AUGGAACAGCAGCAAACCCCCGACGCCCGUCCAACGCAGCCCGAGAGGGCCUCCGCUCAGCCAAUUCUUUCUCUUCAGGUUCCGGCGACCGUCCAGAGCGGUUCGCUCUGGCGGGACCCAUGCAUUGGAGGCACGCUGGCGGGCCAUUACCGGGUAGGGGACUACAAUGUCGAUUACUCGGCACAAGACUCGCAUCAAGUCGAUCAGAGUCACCAGCAACAACACAGCUUUGAUCCCUCUCCCCAUCAGCACCCACGAACCUCCCUCCAUCAUGGCGGUGGUACAUCCCAUUGCCUGCCCGAGCCGCAGCAGAGCCACCACCAACACCACCACCACCACACGGCCAUGGCCCAGCACCAUAGCCACAACCCUCACCAGGUGCUGAUGGAUCCAUCGCACAUGGGGCACCCGCGACACAUGGGCUCUUCGCAUUUUGCUGCUCCAGGUUCGGUUGUUUCACCGCUCUAUCCUUCCAUGGCAACGCCGCCCCAGGUCCACGGCCAACAUGCCUCCAUCAAGCGACCUCGACCCGAGGACCUCGACCUGUCCGUGGCGCCGAUCGGAGACCUGGACCACAGUGAACUGGACAGCAUGCAAACACCUCUAGGCGCAACCUAUGGCGAAGCCUCUGGUGCUAUGCAGCCGCCGAUGCAUCAUCACCACAGGAUGCCCGACUCGGGCCCCCCUUCCAAGCUGAUGAGGAGGGAUGGAGAAUCGCUUCCCAGCGUAGUGGGACAAGCCGGGAUGCCUGCACCAGCAAUGAGGCCGCGAGGGCCGAAGCUCAAAUUUACACCAGAAGACGAUCAGCUUCUGAUCGAGCUGAAAGAGAAUAAAAGCCUUACAUGGAAACAAAUCGCCGACUUCUUUCCCGGCCGCUCCUCAGGCACCCUACAAGUUCGAUACUGCACCAAGCUCAAGGCGAAAACCACGCAGUGGACUGACGAAACGGACCAGAAACUACAAUCAGCCCUGCAAGACUACGAAAGCGAGAAAUGGCGCAUUGUUGCCAACAAGGUCGGGACCGGCUUUACGCCAGCCGCGUGCCGAGAGCGCGCACAAGAACUUCUUGAGGGUCCUUUAUAG